CACCCCAACCUCACACUAGCUAUAUAACUAAGCAUAUAUACUGUAUACUUGUCAUACCAAGGAGAUACACGAGAUAUAUGUACAGAGAGAUGGAAUUCAAGAAAUACUAUCUUGACCUAGUAAUGGUACCUCUAUCGAUUAUGAUAUCUAUUUGCUAUCACCUUUGGUUAUGGAAUAAAAUUCGGACGCAACCACUCUCGACUGUCAUGGGUGCAAACGCCCAUGCCCGCCGGUUAUGGGUAUCCACCGUUAUGAAGGAUAACGAGAAGAAACAUAUUUUAGCUAUCCAGACAUUUCGAAACACACUCAUGGGAUUAACCUUGAUGGCUACAACAUCAAUAGUUUGGUGUUGUGGUUUAGCGGCUGUUCUUAGUAGCAGUUAUAGUGUUAAAAAGCCUCUUAACAACUCUAUUUUGGGGGCACAUGGACAAUUCAUGGUGGCCCUAAAGUAUGUAACACUUCUUGUCAUGUUUCUUUUUUCUUUCAUGUGUCAUUCAUUGUCUAUUAGAUUCAUAGGCCAAGUAAAUUACUUGAUCAACUGUCCUGAAGAUUCAACAAUUGUGACUUCGAUGUAUGUGGCAGAGCUUUUAGAGAAGGGUUUUGCACUUAGCAUGAUAGGAAACCGGAUUUUCUAUACCGCGCUUCCAAUUAUGCUUUGGAAUUUCGGGCCGGUGAUAGUUUUCUUGUGUACUUCAACCAUGGUGCCAGUUCUUUACAAUCUUGAUUUAUUGUUUGAAGAUUCAAAGAAGCGAAAGAAGAUGGCAUAUUGAAUAGAGUAUGACAUGCUCAUUGAAUGUUGUUUUUGAGUGUAAACCCUAAUUAUUUGUGCAUUGAAAUGAGUAUGUUUAAUUUGUCCAGUUGUUUUA